UAAAAUGGCUGUACCCAAAGACUCCAUCCCUUCCUUGUUAGAAUGUCAAUGCCAAAUCUGUGUGGAAAUCCUCUUUGAGCCUGUGACACUGCCUUGUAACCACACGCUCUGUAAACCAUGUUUCGAAUCGACUGUCGAAAAGGCAAGUUUGUGCUGUCCCUUCUGUCGCCGCCGGGUCUCUUCGUGGGCUCGGUACCGUACCCGAACAAAUUCUCUUGUUAAUAUGGAACUGUGGGAGACAAUUCAAAAACACUAUCCAAAGGAAUGCAAGCUAAGAGCCUCUGGGCAAGAAUCAAAGGAAAUUGUUGAUGACUAUCAGCCAGUCCGCUUAUUAAGUAAGCCUGGGGAAUUAAGAAGAGAAUAUGAAGAGGAGAUAAGCAAGGUAGAGGCAGAGCGGCGAGCCUGUGAGGAAGAAGAAAACAAAGCCAGUGAAGAAUACAUUCAGAGAUUACUGGCAGAGGAGGAAGAGGAGGAAAAGAGACAGGCAGAACAAAGGCACAGAGAAAUGGAGGAACAACUGAAAAGUGAUGAAGAACUGGCAAGAAGACUAAGCCUUGAUAUUAACAAUUUCUGUGAGGAAAGUGUUUUGGCUUCGCCUUUGAAUUCUAGAAAAUCUGAUCCAGUCACAACCAAAUCACAAAAGAAAAGUAAGAACAAACAAACAAACACUGGAGAUAUUCAGAAGUAUUUGUCACCUAAAUCUCAACUUGGGUCAGCAUCACAGUCUGAAGUUGUACAGGAAGACAGAAAAAACUCCAUGUCUAAGAAAAUUGACGACAACAGUGAUGUGAAGAGCCCUACAUGGCAAGACACAGAUGUUGAAGAAGAUAUGCCAACACUUUCUCCUCAAAUAUAUCUUGCAGUUCAGGAACAAGGUGCAAAAUCUUCAGUGGAGUCACCUAUGCCUCAGUUAUGUACCAGUGGUGGAGAAUGGUGCCUUGAAGGAAAAGUUGAAACAGGACCAAGCAGUCGUGAAAAAGGGUUAUGUGUCAUAAGUCUCGAGGAACCUAAAGCCAGAGUUCCCUACUCUGGAGAUGCUGCCACUGAGGCACGUGGUGAAACAGAGAGUGAGUGUACUGUAACAGAUACGACACAGUUCCUUAGAAACAACACGGUUGGGACAGAAAAUGAAGAGUCCCACCUACCGAUCAGUAAAGGUACCUCCAAAAGAAGAAACCUAGAACCUUUGUCUGAAGCAAUCAGAGAGCCAUGCUUUUCUGCAAAAAGAAAGAAAACGUUCCCCAAAGCCUCCUCAGACCAAGAGGAAACAGAAAUCAGCUUGACCCAAAAACUGAUAGAUUUGGAACAUCUACUUUAUGAGAGACAUAAGCAAGAAAAGCAGGACAGGUUAUUAGCAUUACAACUUCAGGAAGAGGUGGAUCAAGAGCAAAUAAGGCCAGACCGGCAAAAAGGAUCCCCAGAUGGAUAUCAGUUACGGACUGUGUCCUCCCCUCCAGACAAAGUACUAAAUGGACAGAGAAAGAAUUCCAGAGACAGAAACUCCAAAAGACAAACUGAGCUAGAGCAGCCAAAACCUCAGACUGACUCAAAAAAUGAAAACCAUCGGGAACCUUCUUUUAAGAUCCAGUUGAAAUGUUCAGUUAAUGGAAGAAAAAUAGCAAAUUCUACUAGAGAUAAUUGUAAUGUACCUAAAACUGCUCAUUCCCUACAGCCUAGUAAGUCACAGAAAAGUAUUUUUCAGAUGUUUCAGAGAUUCACAAAGUAA